GGCAACAAUAGAUACUAGGUGAAAGCGAGACGCCCGUACAAAGCUUCAGCCGUACCCUUUCUCGUUCAUGGCUCGUGGUACGAUAUAAACGUCGUUACGAUGAAGCUGAAUGUAUCGUUUCCCGCGACAGGAUGUCAAAAGCUAUUCGAAAUUUCGGACGAGCACAAGCUCAGAAUAUUCUACGAGAAACGCAUGGGUGCUGAGGUCGAAGCCGAUGCAUUGGGAGAUGAAUGGAAGGGCUAUGUGGUUCGCAUCUCUGGUGGUAACGACAAGCAAGGUUUCCCCAUGAAGCAAGGUGUUUUGACAAACGGUCGUGUACGUUUACUGCUAUCAAAGGGACAUUCCUGCUACAGACCCAGACGUGAUGGUGAGCGCAAGCGCAAAUCUGUUCGCGGUUGCAUUGUAGAUUCAAAUUUAUCCGUAUUAGCCCUCGUCAUUGUCAGAAAGGGAAAACAGGAAAUCCCAGGAUUGACGGACAUGAACGUCCCGCGUCGUUUGGGACCAAAGAGAGCGAGCAAAAUUCGCAAACUCUUUAAUCUUUCGAAGAAGGAUGAUGUACGACAGUUUGUAGUAAAACGACCGGUACAAAAAGAAGGAAAGAAGGAGCGAUUUAAGGCACCAAAGAUUCAGCGUUUGAUCACUCCAGUCGUUCUUCAGAGAAAGAGACAUAGAUUGGCACUGAAGAAGAAGCGUUGCCUGGCCCGCAAGGAGCAGGCGGCGGAGUAUGCAAAAUUACUGGCGCAGAGACAGAAGGAGGCGAAGAACAGACGCCAAGAAGAACUUAAGCGAAGACGUAGCGCUUCUAUGCGCGAUUCCAAAUCUUCGAGCCAGUCGGCACCCACGCAACAGUGAAUCAAUGGAAUCUUAAAAAAUGUAUUUACAAAUCAAUAAAAAAAGUCUAAGCUA